CCCAUCCAGCACCGUAUUGAGAUAGAGCCUGGCAGUAGAACUCCUAACGGAGCAGUGUAUAGGAUGUCCCCGCGGGAGUUGGAGGAGCUUCCCAAGCAAUUGGACGAGCUCCUUGAAAAGGGUUGGAUUAGGCCCAGUUCAUCUCCUUUUGGAACACCUGUUCUCUUCGUCCCCAAGAAGGAGGGAGAGCUAAGGAUGUGUAUAGACUAUAGAGGUCUGAAUGCUAUUACAGUGAAGAAUGCUGAGCCACUGCCUAGGAUAGAUGAUCUCCUAGAUAGAGUGCAGGGGUGCAAGUAUUUCUCUAAGAUAGAUUUGAAGUUUGGAUAUCAUCAGAUAGAGGUACACCCUGAUGAUCAGUACAAGACCGCGUUCCGGACUAGAUACGGGCACUACGAGUUUAUAGUGAUGCCCUUUGGACUAACCAACGCGCCAGCAACUUUCCAGCGGUGUAUGAAUGAUUUGUUUAGGCCAUGGUUAGAUAGAUUUGUGGUGGUUUACUUAGAUGAUAUCUUAGUGUUUAGUAAGACCCUCGAAGAGCAUCAGGGUCAUCUCAGGCAGGUCUUGGAAAAGCUGAGGGAAGCUAACUUCAAGAUCAACGCAAAGAAGUGCGAGUGGGCAAAGACCCAAGUUUUGUAUCUAGGCCAUGUCUUAGACGGAGACGACAUUAAGCUAGAGGAUAGCAAGAUCGCAGCGAUUAGAGAUUGGCCAACGCCGCGUACGUUGACAGAAUUGCGGUCGUUCCUAGGCCUAGCUAAUUAUUACAGGAAGUUCGUGAGGAACUUCUCCACCAUCGCUGCGCCCCUUCGCAGAUUGCUCAGGAAGGAGACCAUCUGGAAGUGGGAUAAGGACUGCACGUCUGCCAUGAAAAAGUUAAAGCAGGCAUUGAUAGAGUACCCUGUCCUUAAGGUUGCCGAUCCGUCCUUACCCUUUGUCGUUACUACGGACGCCAGUCGGUACGGCAUAGGUGCAGUUUUGAAGCAAGACGAUGGCCAUGGGUAUAGGCCCGUAGAGUUCAUGUCUGCCCGAAUGCCUUCAGAGAAGGUCGUGACAUCUACCUAUGAGAGGGAACUCUACGCUCUCAGGCAAGCGUUAGAACACUGGAAGCACUACUUGCUUGGGAGGCACUUCAAAAUUUAUUCAGACCACGAAACAUUGAGAUGGUUAAAGACGCAGGCCAAGAUGACACCUAAGCUUACUAGGUGGGCCGCAGAGAUAGAUCAGUAUAGCUUUGAGCUCAAGCCUGUCAAAGGGAAGUAUAACGUAGUUGCGGAUGCUCUGAGUAGGAGAGCUGAUUACUUUGUGGCAAUAGUGCAUUAUCUAGAUAUAGGGAAGGACCUGCAGUAGAAGAUUAGGGAAGCCUAUGCACAGGACCCUA